AUGGCUAGAAAAGAAGAGGGUUUUGAUGUUGCCGUCGGUUUCUCCCGCUUCUUCAUGCGCCUCCAUGGAAUCUGGCCAGGGGACACUUCUUCGAAAUUCACUUGGGCUCGAUUCGCGUUCGUUCCGCCAGCGGUGAUAAUACUGAUGUUUAUCAAUAUCCCCCAAACCGUUCAAAUUUUCUUCGUUGGAGGAGACUUGAACGCCAUCCUAGACAUACUGACUCUCGCCAACGUCCCCUUAGGCAUUGCUUUGGCCAAAAUUCUUGGUGUUAGCUACAAUCAUAACAUACUUCGUCAAUUAAUAGUAUCGGUGUCCGGAGACUGGAAGCACACGACAAAGAAAUCUGAGCUUCAGGUGAUGUGGCGCAAUGCUCGCAUAUCCCGAACUUUUUCCAUCCUGUUUAUCGGCCUUGCUGAAGUAACAGUCCUCGCCAAUACAGCUCGGAUGUUCUACAUUCUCUACUCCACGCGUUCCGAGGCAGAGAGUUCUGGAAUCAAAAAUUACAAAAAGCCUCUUUACUACACCGGCAAAUUUCCGUACGAUGCGCAAUCGAGUCCGAAUUUCGAAAUCACUUGGGUGAUGCAGAUUUUAGCUACAAUACUAGCCGCUGGAUCUUUCAUGGCAGUGGAUGCUUUAUUUGUCACUCUGGUACUGCAUCUGUGCGCGCAACUAACCAAUUUGCAGACCGCGUUCAGGAAGAUUGGAGAGGAUAAGCAUGAAAAAGAGGUAGAUUUUAUGAGCAAGUUGUCGAAGCUGAUGAAGAGACACCGGAAAAUAAAUGAGUUUGCCGAUAUCAUAGAAUACAGUUUCAACAUGAUGUUCUUAUUUCAAGUUAUGUCAUCUACGUUUCUUCUCUGUUUACAGGGAUACCUGUUUGUAAUACUGAUAUCAAGUCAAAAAGUUAUACUAGUAGAAUUGAUUUUUAUGGUUUAUUUUAUCAUCUGCUCCUCGUGCAGCAUAUUCGUGUACUGCUAUGUUGCGGAAAUUUUGCGCGAAGAAAGUUUACAAUUAGGAAAUGCAAUUUUUUACAGCAAGUGGUAUAACUUGCCAGCAAAUAAAGCGAGACUCUUAAUUAUAGCUAUACUACGCGUGCAAAAGCCUCUAGAACUGUCUGCUGGAAAAUUUUGCAUAUUUUCAUUAAACUUGUUCUGCAAUAUUGUAAAAACUUCAGCUGGUUACAUAUCAGUACUUCUUGCAGUGCGAGAUAAAAUAGUACAGCCGUAA